AUGGUCCCUCAAAGAUCGCCCGAACGUAUUUCGGAGGAGGGCUGGAGUCCUACUCAGCCAUUCCUUGAACAGCAUAUCUCUUUGAAAGAGGAAUCCUUCAUCCCGCGAAGGGGUAGUCUGACCUGGAUCCUUCACAUUUUGGCCUUGUGCGUGUCUCUCACACUGGGCCUAGUGGCAUUUACCAUGAAGCCAAGCGCCCUGCAGUGUACCCGCCAACUGUCGCCAUACUCUCCACUUAUAGAAGAAGGGUCUAUUAAGUAUGAAUCCAAAAACUUCGCCAACGAAUUCGACAAACCUUCGAACUAUCGUGGAAAGCCAAACGAUCUGACCGAAGCAUCGUGGAAAGGGCUCUGGGAAACUCCUGCAAUCGGAGUACCAGAGGAAAGACUAGAGGUACUCAAUAAGUCCGGACCAGCAGGUUUGAACUGGUUCCCUGCUCCUCGUACUUCUGAUCAUGGUGCCGAGGAUGAAUUUGCUGCUUUGGUUGAGGUCUUCCACCAGUUACAUUGCAUAAAUACCCUCCGUCUGGAGGUCCAUAAGAACAGCUACUACGAGUAUUUCGGCGAGUGGCCAGAUGGAAGUGGCCCUGGGAAUGAGGAAGUUAAGCAGACUCAUAUAGAUCACUGCAUUGAACUCCUACGCAUUACUCUUAUGUGCACCUCGGAUGUGACACCGUUGGUGUUUAUAGAUGACCCCCACGCCUUUCAAGGACGAAUCCCCGAUUUCAAUACCAUGCAUACGUGUCGGAACUUUUGGGAGAUUCACGAAUGGGUUGAGAAAAAGGGCCUGCCUCCAUUAUCCUGA